GCUGAUCCGCGGCGCGUCUGGCUGUCGCUCAGUUUGUAUUCAUAUUCCUCCGCAGCGGACUGAACUCAACACUCCCACAUUUAUUGACGCGUCUCACCAUUACAGUCUUUAAAUAUUAAUACAGAUCAACCAGCACGAGCUGAAAGUUAGUUUCUCGGCGGCGGAACCCGGAGCUGGAGUUCGGGAAUAUCACAUUUCAGCUCGAGCGAAAUAUUCGGGGCUGGAACUGAUGCGGGAGAUUUUUGACUCUUACUGUAACUAAAGACGCUUCAUAAACGCCACAGAUCCGACAGAAAGGCAGCGAAAUGGGGGAGCAGCCGAUCUUCACCACCAGAGCUCAUGUCUUCCAGAUCGAUCCCACCACUAAGAAGAACUGGGUUCCUGCCAGCAAACAGGCUGUUACCGUCUCGUACUUCAAUGACAGCACACGCAACAGCUACCGCAUCAUCAGCGUGGACGGGUCAAAGGUGAUCAUCAACAGCACAAUCACCCCCAAUAUGAACUUCACUAAAACAUCGCAGAAGUUUGGCCAGUGGGCCGACAGUCGUGCAAACACAGUGUUUGGACUCGGCUUCGCCUCUGAACAACAGCUGUCCAAGUUUGCUGAGAAGUUCUUGGAGGUUAAAGAAGCUGCGAAAUUGGCCAGAGAAAAAUCUCAGGAGAAGAUGGAGACGUCCAGCGAUCAGUCGCAGGAAUCUGGCCGUGACACUCCAACAGGCAAUCAAGCGUCCAGCAUCAACGGAACGGAUGAUGAGAAGAUCUCACACGUGCCGGAGAACACAGUGCUGAUGAGUGAGAACGACCGGCUGAAGUCUGUAGCAGAGCAGAGUAAGAAGCUGGAGACGGAGCUGCAGGCGUUGAAGGACAGUAACGCUCGGCUGACGGACACGCUGCAGGAGGCCAACAGUAACGCCGAGAGCUGGAAGAGUAAAGUGACACAGAGCCAGGACGAGAACAACCAGCUGAGGAACAAGAUCGCAGAGCUGGAGGAUCAGUGUAAGGAGGUGAAUCUGGAGAGAGAGAGAAACGCUCAGCUGACGCUCAGAAUUCAAGAGCUGGAAGCAGAUCUGCAGGAAAAAGAACAGGAGCUCGAGGACCUGCGCAAACAGGCAGAAACCAUCCCGCAGCUCAUGACGAAAUGUGAAAGCAUCACGGCCAAACUACAGGCUGCAGAAACGGCCAACAGAGACCUGAGCGAGAAGAUGACGCUCCUGCAGAGCGAGAUCGACGACAGUCAGCAGAAACAGAAGAACAUCAAGAGCGAUCUCAAGAAGUUCAUGGACGUUCUGGACGGGAAGAUUGAUGAGCUCCAUGAAGUUCGUCAGGGCAUUUCUAAACUGGGCGUCGAUAACUGAACACACACACACACACACACACACACA